AGAGAACCUUGAUUCAUAAUGGAGAAUGAUUACAAAUGUGGGAAUCUUAUAUAAAUUUCCACGCACUCACACACUAAAGGGGAAUUUGUCUUCGCCUAGCCCUGCCACUUGCCAGCCUAUAAUACUCCCAAAACCCAUCAUCACCCUAAAAUAAUUUUACGAAUUUUUUGUUCUGUUGUGCGCCUUUGUUCGGCGGUGGGUCGAUUGAUCCGAUUCCGGAUCAUUUUUCUGGUUCUUGUUUUUGUUUUCCCUCUUUUGUAUAUUGGGAAUUUUGGGAUUCUAGGGUUUACCGUUACGGAUCCGGGGUUUUCUAGAAUCGGGGUGAGCUGAAAUUUUUGUUUUUUGUUUAGAAGGAACGUAAUCGAGAAUGUUUUUGUUCGAUUGGUUUUACGGGAUAUUGGCAUCGCUUGGUCUGUGGCAGAAGGAGGCCAAGAUCUUGUUUUUGGGCCUCGAUAAUGCCGGCAAAACCACGUUGCUUCACAUGUUGAAAGACGAGAGACUGGUUCAACAUCAGCCAACUCAGUACCCAACCUCUGAGGAGUUGAGUAUUGGACAGAUUAAGUUCAAGGCUUUUGACUUGGGAGGCCAUCAAAUCGCUCGCCGAGUCUGGAAAGAUUAUUAUGCCAAGGUGGAUGCAGUCGUCUACCUUGUGGAUGCUUAUGACAAGGAGAGAUUCGCAGAAUCGAAGAAAGAACUCGAUGCUCUCCUUUCUGAUGAGUCCUUGGCUAAUGUUCCCUUCCUUAUUUUAGGGAAUAAGAUAGACAUCCCAUAUGCAGCUUCUGAGGAUGAGCUCCGUUAUCACAUGGGUUUGACUGGUCUUACCACCGGUAAGGGGAAGGUAAACUUGGCAGACUCAAAUGUCCGUCCACUCGAGGUAUUCAUGUGUAGCAUUGUACGCAAGAUGGGGUAUGGAGAAGGCUUCAAAUGGAUGUCUCAAUACAUAAAGUAGUAGUAGAAUGCGUGGGAAGAAGGACUAGGGAUUUGUUUUCUCUUGAAUGUUAAAACUCCUACCAAAAUUGGAGUUGAGCAUGUGUAUGAAAGAUUAUAUGGCUUUUCUCUUGUUCCCUGUUUUGGUACAAAAUUUAGACAUAAUGUAGUGUUUUACUUCUAAAUUAUAUUAAUGGUUUGUUCCCAGAUAAAUGGAGGUUUCUUAUUGGCGAAAACAUCUGCUUGUUUUAAUUUGUUCUUAUUCCAAUUUUUUUACACAAACA